AUGUCACGGUGCUAUCCUUACCUGAGGAACGGUGAGGCCGUGAGCGAAACCAUUAAGACGGACUUGAAUAAACUGAAAAAGAAAGACAAAAAAGAGAAGAGAUCUAAGAUAGAACAGAAGAAAUCCACUUCUUUGAGCAAACUGGAGAAGAGUCUUUUGAAGCGAAAGGAUGAUGACGAAGCUGAAAGAAGUAGCUUGACUGAGGAACAUGGGCGACCAAUCUGUCAUCAGGGUCUUUCAUCAGACAGUGCUCGGAGCCGCAAUAAGAGAAAAAGUGACGACGUCGUGCAUUCUGCUUCUAAUGCCACCGAAAACAAUGGGAAUGUCAUUCGAGUAAUACCCUUUGAAUCAUGUUCUGAUGCAGGUUCUGAAAAGAGAGAAAAAUCUUCGCGGCACCAUGUUUCCGGAGCUGAGAAGAAGCUAUUAAAAGCAGAAGCUUUAUACGAAACGUUGUUUGCGGAUUGGACUGCACCGCCUGUUGUUUAUGAUCAGAAUAACUUUGAUGAUCAGAGUUGGCUUUCUGGCACGAAAAUGCAAGAUAUUUGCCGUGGCAAGAGAACCAAAGUUUAUCAGCAUGAUAACGAACCAGGACAUGAAGCAUCUUCCUUUUGGCCCUGUGCCCGGAAUCUACCACAGGCUGAUAUCUAUGCGUUACCCUAUACUCUUUCAUUCUAA